GCCUACAGGGGCGGAACCCGGAAGUUCCGAAGUGCCGCUCUGGCCGAGGCUGGGGUUGCUGGUGUCGUCGGGGUCGCCGGGGUCCUGAGGCCGGCAUGGCGUCGAUGCGGAGGCAGGUGUUUGUUGGAAAAGUGCUAAAGAGACUUUAUCCUAAUGCUCCACGAGGCCAAGAAAAGAGGGCCCUGGGGAGUCCGGCCUCUAAAAACCCACCUGAGAAAGCGGCUCCUGCGAAGGUCAAGGGCCGGGGCGCCCCCCCCAGGACAGGUGGCGACACUCAGACCCAGCCUGUGCGCCGGCUCUACACGGUGGGCCUGCCUCCCGAGGGCUGGGUCCCCCACCCCCCGGAGCCCCCUGUCUGCAUGGGUCCCGAGAGUGCCUCCAGCGGCGAGGGCUUCUCCAGCGGCGAGGACUCAGGAGAACAGGAUCUUCAUGAUCAACCAAAGAGAAGAAGAAUUAGAAAGCACAAAUCCAAGAAAAAAUUUACAAAUCCCAAUAACGUUCACAUGGAACAAGCAGAAUCAGAGAAACAGCAGAGUCUUUUACAAGAAAAAUUGCAGCCAUGGCACCCAGAUGGCCCCGCAAUCAGCAAAAACAAAAAAAGGAAGCUGAAAAAGAAACAGCAGAUUGAAAGGAAGAAAGUGGCUGGUUUACUACCAGGGACCUCUGGGGUCAGCUUCAUGUACCAGCCAGAGGGGGACAGCAGUGAGCAGGACGGCAUCGGGGAGAGCCACGGGGGGGCCAUCCCAGAUGCCGGGGGCGAGGGGGCCCCAGACACUGAAGAGGAAGACGUUGAAAGCACCCAGGAAAAGGUGGCUGGCAUCCUAAACUUUCUGAAGUCAACACAAGAAGUUUAUCUUUAUGAUGGUGUCUCCAAGGAUUCAGAUUCCUCUGUCUUUAUGGAAGCCACUGAAGAGCUGUUUAAACAUCUUGAAACUCACAGCAUGUCCUCCUCAGAUGUGUUCAUGCUGGAUCACAUGAAAACACUGUUACUUUUGCGGGAUACUGAAGGACUGACUCGUGCCCUGGAAGUGUUCCCGGAACACUGUGGGAUGCCACCAGACUACGCCAGGGUGAUCUCAGCUUUCUUUAGUUAUUGGAUCACACGUGUCCUUCCUGAGAAAAACACUGAAUAAAACCAGUGCGUCUAUUUGAGAAGAGCUAAUAUUUAACAAGAAAAUAGAAAAACAGACGUAAAGUGGGCUGAGCCUUAAUUCCUGUACACAAAGAAGAUGAAAUUCUCUCUAUUUUCUUUGUAACCCAAACCGUGGGAACUUGGAAGACAUUCCUGCUGUUUUAUUCAUGUGUUUGUACAUAAUACAAACAAAGUAAGAGACUUUAAAUGAAAAAUUGGGAUAAAAUUGAAAGUUUUCACUUCUUUGAAAUUACGUGUCUUAAAUUACUACACAGUGAUUCUGUUUUUCUGAUUCCUGUAAAGAUUAAAAAUGGACAUUCUGCUAGAUUGAAUAAGCUGUAUAGCUUGAAGCUGUUAUAUAUUUGCAUAAGAUUUUACAUCACCUGGCGUCUGAAAGUCUGUUUUAAGAAUGCCGUAUGAAUAUUAAAAUGUUAAGUAUUUUUAUUCUA